GCAGCUCUAAUCUUGGAGCAAUGGUGCUUGGAGUAUCAAGACGCUACAGUUAUCCGGAAACACGGCGAUAAUUCCAAAGGCAGAGGCUGCUGUUGUAAAUGUCUGGGAAUAUGAGCAAAGAAGACGUGCAAUGCCGAACCGCUUCUUUGAAAUUCACCAUUGACCAUAUUCUCAAUCUCAAGCAAAACAGCAAAGAUCUAGACGUCUCUCGCCCCAAAGUGCAGAUAGCGACGGACAGCAAAAAUGAUUCACAUCGCCGAUUCGAAGACCAAGAAGUGAAUUACAGACAUGAAGUCGACUAUGCACUCAAAGAAACAGAGCAGAUAGACUCAGUCUGUAACGCCACUGCUCAUAACCUCACUGUCUGCAGAGAAGAUGCUCUGAACAUCAGGGAGUCACGUCCGAGGACUGAAAGCACAGACAGUUGCGACGAUGGGGCUCCACAUAACAAAAGCAGCAAGAAAAGCAAAAUGAUGACCAAAAAGAAGACUCGCACCAUAUUUUCGAAGAGACAAAUUUUUCAGUUGGAAUCUACAUUUGACAUGAAACGAUAUCUGAGCAGCGCAGAAAGGGCUUGUCUGGCGAAUUCUUUACAACUCACCGAAACUCAAGUUAAAAUCUGGUUUCAGAAUCGCAGGAAUAAAUUGAAAAGACAGUUGUCUACAGAACUUGAAGGCCCUAGUUCUGCUGACCAUUUUGCUGAUGCGGGAAAGACUGUACAAUUUCCAGCACUCUACAAAGACAACAAUAUACUGGGUAGAUGUCUGUUACCAAUGCCUUUUCCUGUCAUGUAUCCUGGAAGUAGCGCUUCUUAUCUAUGUUUCUCAAACGCAAGCAAAUAUUUCAGUCUUUUCGAUGGAGAUGUAUGACUUUUGAGUUGCAUGUGGAAGACGAACUGAAUUUCGCACCAAUAUGGCUUCAGUUGUCAACUGCUUUAUUAUUAUCAUUUAUCUUUCGUUUAUAUUACAUUCAGAUUCUCAAUUCAUUUUUAUUAAAAAGUAAAUGUUACACAUAUGGAAAAAUGCCCGACAAAAGUUAUGCAAGUAUAUCUAUAUUAAAUUCUUUUUUAUUCGUAAACAAUUUUGAUAUUUUGGAUUUACAAGUGAGUGUAUGUGACUGUUUAUUUACACCUGAAACCUUUGAAAAUGACCUUUUUAUAUAGACAACGGUAAGUUAGGGUACAGAUGUUUGGAUGAACAAUAUUUGGUCUACAUAGUUUUAAUAACUCAUAGUUUUUCCUGAUUUUUUUAACCAGUAUGUGGUGUCAGUUGAACAGCAAUUACGAUUUGUUUACAUCCGUAUUUAUUAAAUAUUUCUUACAGUACUGAACACAGCCAAAGACAAUCAGUUUAAAACUCUUUGCAUGCAUUUAUAUAAACUGAAUUUUAAUAAAGAUUACUUUUUAAAUUAAUACUAUUUGCUAUAUAUUUAAAAUGAAUGUAUAAACUUUUUUUGAGCAUGUCUUUUAAAACUAUAUUGUGUAUUAUAUUAAUUUUCCGACCUUUGUUGCUUGCCUCCUAUACCCAGCCAGGUAACACUAUUUACACUUUGUCUUGACUUAUUAAAAUAAUCUAAUUUUAAAACUGUACAGUAAUUAUUAUAAUUUUAUUGUGCACUUUAUUAUUUUACCUAAUAAUGGCGUUCAUACAUCUUCAAUAGUUUUAUUAAGGACAUGUGUUUUUCUUCCAAAUAUUGUGUAUUUUGAAGUGGUUAAUACCUCUUUUUCCCCUGGUUUAUCCAUCAGCAGCUCUAGAGGGAAUAAGGCAUUUCAUAUAAAAACAAAUGUGAAAUUCUCAGAUUUGUAUUUAAGUGUCUUCAUUGAGGUAAUAAGAUCUGAAAUAAAUAUUUUAUUGCAAUAUAACAGAUACAAAACAAUUUAAUUCAAAGAUUAAACCACACAGUACGUAUUUUAAGACAAGCUUAGAAAAAUAAGAAUGUGAUUAUGUAAGCUCGUAACUCGCGUUUAUAAGGAUACAGGAAUGCUUAUUUUCCAAAUGUAUAUUCAAGCUUAUGUUUUGCAUAUUUAAGAACAUUUAAAGAUUUAAAAUCCCUCACCUUUAUUAUUGUAAAAAACCGCCGGAUCUCAGACCACAAUUUGUUGCAUGACUUAAAUUGUGAAGACAAUGAUGAAAUAAGACAGUUUAGAAGUGAGAAAGUAAACGCAUUUCAAAUUAAAAUGUAUUAAUUUUACAAAUAAAACCCCAACUUAGCUACGUUUUGUAGUUUCAUCCAAUUUCUCCACACCGAGGUAGCGGUGUUUGGAUAUUCAGCUGAAUAAAUCUGAGGAAAGUGACUCCCAAGUUCAAGUUUGAAUGUCAAAACCCAAAUCCUUAGAUAUCAAAUAUACAAUAUCUGAGCUCCACUUUGAACUUUAUGCCUAUACAUAUUCAAUUAAAUACCAGAUAUCAAAAUGUAAUCUUUAUUAUCUGGCAUCGGCAUCCCCCUGUGAGGAAGAAAUCAUAAAUUAUUUGCACAUGCAGGAAUACUGUAGUUCGUGGUUAUAGGCAGAUUAAAAUUUCCCAGCGGCCAAAUAAAAUCCUAAAGAAAAGACAUUAGGUUAGACAUGAAGGAGAAGAAAAUGCUGACUUCAUGCUGAUUUCUUCAUAGCGGAGAAAUAAGCACGAACAUGUAUUUGAGAGGAAAUGUUAAAUUUGUU